GCAGCCGCAUGGCGCAGCGGCCGGCCGCCAGUCGGACACCUCCAGCGCGGCGCGGCCCACGCCUCGGCGCGCUCCCAUUGGUCGACGGGUGUUACCUCGACCAAUCGCGGCGAGUGUCAGCUGAUUAGCGCUGCGGCGAGGCCGGCGCACGGCUUUUGACACUCGCUAGUGACUGGAGUGCUGCCUCUGAGGAGGGACGUGUCCGCGCGCUCCGCUGUCGGCGCCGCUCAGUGCUGUGACCGCGCCCCGGACUGGGACUCUGCCGCCGGAGGAGGACUCUACUGGACUCUGCCGCCGCACCACGACCCUGGCCGACCAGCGCACGGCGCCCGGCGCUCACCAGCGGCUCACUGCUCUAGCUGAUGGUUCCCGCUUGCGGGCGGCCGAGGCUUCCAUGAGAUUCGAUCAGUCGGACAUCCGCGCUCCCGAGAUGGCCUACCCGCCGUUCAUGCGCCACCCGGACUUUUCAGCCGGCUCGUUCCUGACGCCGGGCCAGUACUUCCCGGCGCUGCCGCCGCACGUGCCGUACCCGCAGUCGCUGCUGCCCAAGAUGCCGCCCGGUCUGGGCGGUCACCCGUUCGGCGCGGACGACGUGCUGGGUCACCAGGGCAGCCUGCGGCCGCCGCGCUGCCUCCAGCCCGAGGACGACGGUGUGGUGGACGACCCCAAGGUGACGCUGGAGUCCAAGGAGCUGUGGGCGCAGUUCCACAAGCUCGGCACCGAGAUGGUCAUCACUAAAAGCGGCAGGCAAAUGUUCCCGCAGAUGAAGUUCCGCAUGUCGGGCCUGGACCCCAAGUCCAAGUACAUCCUGCUGCUGGACAUUGUGGCCGCCGACGACUGCCGCUACAAGUUCCACAACAGCCGCUGGAUGGUGGCCGGCAAGGCGGACCCGGAGAUGCCGAAGCGGAUGUACAUCCACCCGGACAGUCCGGCCACCGGCGAGCAGUGGAUGCAGAAGGUGGUCUCCUUCCACAAACUCAAGCUGACCAACAACAUCAGCGACAAGCACGGAUUCCAGACCAUCCUGAACUCGAUGCACAAGUACCAGCCGCGCUUCCACCUGGUGCGCGCCAACGACAUCCUCAAGCUGCCCUACUCGACGUUCCGCACCUACGUCUUCAAGGAGACGCAGUUCAUCGGCGUCACCGCCUACCAAAACGAAAAGAUCACCCAGCUCAAGAUUGACCACAACCCGUUCGCCAAGGGCUUCCGGGACUCUGGCGCCGGAAAACGAGAGAAAAAAAGCCAGCGGCCCAACGCCCUGACGGCCGCCUCCCCGGGCGGGGGCGGCGGCGGCGGCGGGGGCGGGGGCGGCGCGGACGACUCUGGCCAGCUGCACUCGGACCAGGCGCGCUCCUCGGACGAGCGGGACGAGGACGAGGACGAGCGCCUGCUGGACGUGGUGGGCGACCGCGGCUCGCCGAUGCCGCCGACCACCACCACGCUGCCGCCGCAGCUGCCGCAGCUGGGCCCGCUGGGCCAGCUGAGCCAGCUGCCCCAGCUCGGACAGCUCGGACAGCUGCCGCAGCUGCCGCUGCCGCCGGCCGCCGCAGACAGCCCGCCGCGCUCCGUCUCUCCACCCAUCAAACCAGAGUCCAAGGAGGAGUCGCGCCAGGCGCCGGCGCCGCCGCCGCUCUCCUUCCGCCCGUACGACGACAGCCCGAGCAAGAAGCGGCCGGCCACCGCCGAGCCAGAGCCCGAGCGGGAGCACGCGGACGCCGAGCGGGAGCAGCGCUCGGGCGGCGAGCAGGAGUCGGAGCCGGAGCCGGAGCGGCGCCGGCCCGACAGCGAGCGCAGCAGCGGCGACGCCAGCGACCGCGACGGCAGUGACGCCGAGUGCGGCAGCGCCUUCCGCAGCGUGCGCUCCGACGACGAGCGGGUCGGCGGCGCCACGCGGCCCAACGUGUCCGUGGGACCGCCGAUGCAGCCGCCGCACCUGCUGCCGUACCUGUACAACCCGGGCCUGUACCCGCACCCGGGCAUGGGCCUGCCGGGCCUCGGCCACCUGCUGCAGCAGAAUGCGGCCGCCGCAGCCGCAGCCGCCGCCGCCGCCGCCGCGCAGACCUCGCUGCCGCUGAAUCUGCUGAGCCAGACGUCGUCCCCGCUGACCUCGACGGCCGGUUCGCCGUACCUGGGCGCCGCCCAGCUCAACCCCAGCAUGCUGUUCAACGCGCACCUGGCGCUGGCCGCCUCCGGCCACUCGCUGUUCGGCUCGCCCGGGUACGCGGGCCUGGCCGGCCUGGGCGCCGGCUCGCCGCCGGGCGCCGUGCACGCCGAGCGGCUCAAGGCGGCGCGCUUCUCGCCGUACAGCGCGCCGCUGACGACCACCACCAGCACGGCCAGCUCGCCGCUGGCGGCCGCCAGCCAGCUGCUGGCCGCCGGCGGGCCGUCCGCCUUCGAGACGGUGACGCGGCCGCGCGCCGGCUCAGCCUCGCCGGUGGCCGCGCCGCCCGCGCACGCCGCCUCGGUCGCCUCCCAGCUCAAGAAUAUCGAGAACAUGGUGAACGGUCUGCACCGGCGACCGUCGACCGAGAAGUGAGCGACGGCCCCUGCCGCCGUCCGCCCGCCCGCUGCAAUAUAGAUAGAAUUUCCAUCGAGUGUUACAGGGUACGUUAUGUUCAUCUCAUAUGCGCUGUCGCGAGCCGCGCCGGCCCGGGCCGCGAGCUGCCGCUCCGGCUCAGAGGCGCCCCGCGUGCGAACGUGGGUGUGUUCGAGUCCGAAUGGGAGACUGUAAGGGGUAGUAUCCUUGCGAGCGCUCCGCAUGUGACCGCCGUGGAUGGCUAGGCGCAUGCGGAGCGUUCGUGUUUCUGUAUGCGUGUCAGUGUUCACCUGAAUGUGCCAGAUUGUGCGGCGAUGCGUAUCCAUACGGAAAGACAGCGAAUAUCUGCACGGGUCGUCCCCAGCGCUCGGCCCUUCCCGGCCGAGACGGGGCGGCCCGGAGUGUGGAUGGCAUGUGCACUCCAUAGUCUACUUAAUCGGGCUGCUAUUUAUUGGAAUGUGUUACCGCAUUGCUUGCGACGGCGGCCCGCGAGUCUGGCGGCUGGGGUGCGCGCCGUGGCGAGCUCGUCCCCGCGGCGGGCUGUCAGCCUCUUGUUCCGAGAAGUCAGUCAUCUUUGGGUUUAGCGGUCCGCUCAGUAUCGGUUCUGCUUCAUGUGCAUGCAUUGGAUAAGCGCGAUGUUCUGUAUUCCAGAGGAGGCUUAUUUUAUUCUGGGAUCGCGUUCAUAAGCAGGAAUAAUCAAAUUCUAUAUGGAUCUUUGGACGUGUAAGCUAUUUUUGUUUUCUCUCUCUAGCCUUCCGUAGAAAUCGUGUUUAGUAAAAUGUGUAAAUAUGCACAAUGUCUCACUGUUGGAUGUUCUUGUAGAAACCAAAGAUAUAUAUUGUCAAUACCACGUGGCCAUUAUACUUCGUGCUGAUAUAAAUGUAUUUCCUGUUUUGGCACACAUCCCUUAUGGUAAGGGAACCUUGCCACCGGCCGCGGCCCCCUGGCCGUUGAUGUGUGUGUAUUUGUGAUCGGGGAAGGCUUGUUUUUGUGUCGACUGACGCCAGGUCGGUCUCCGCUUGGGCACAGAGACGGUAAAGCGACGAAAUGAUUAGAUGGUAAAUUGACUAACUUCUUAUUUUGUUAUCACGCGCAUUUUUAUUAUAUUAAAUGCGAGCAGAAAGCUAUUUACUUUGUAAUGUUGCAAACAGAAAUAUAUUUAUUUUGUUUAUCUGUAAAUUAUAUAUUUACAGCUCCUUGGUCUGUAGUUCGUCAUUUUCUCGUCUCUGUGCCCGGGCUCAUUUUCGGGAGCUACGUGUUGACCUCACCCACACUAACGUGUAACGCUAGAGUGUUCAAAUGUGAUACGGUUCCUGAAAGCUCGAGACAAAUAAAGGUUUAAAUAGA